AUGGCUCAGCCUGACCCAAUCCUCUCCCACCUCUCCCCUACUCCCCCAAGCUACGGGCGCUCCUAUAGCAAGCAGCAGCGCCUGGGAGUAGACGAAGUUACUCCGGAGUUAUUUUUCUCCGUGACUUUAAAACAAACAAAAACAUUUUAUUUUUUUAGUUUACACCACGCUCCGCUUGCCCGACCCACUCGACGGCGCCGAGAGGACCUCAAGAAGCAUGGACACGAAUCACCCAGGAGCAGGAGGAGGAGGAGGGGGAGGGGUCAUCUCGUACGCGGGCUCCAUGGGCUCCAGCCCCAGCCCCAUGUCGUGCCACAGCGACAGCAGCGAGAGCGGCUUCGGCUCCGGCUCCCAGUCGCCGCUCUCGUCCUCCCUUCUCCGCGUCCCCUCCGCCCGUCAGCGGAAUCCCUCCGGGAUUCCGCCCCGGGAUCGCCGGGCCGCGGCGACGCGGAGGGGUCGUGUGGCGCCGUUCGCGGCUCGAUCUACGCGACCUCGCUGCCCGCGAGACAGGACACGGUGCUGCAGGACCACCUGUACUGCCCGCCGGCCGGCGCGUCGCCCGGCUCCAUCGGCAUCAGCCUCGGCGGCGGCGGCGGCGGCGCCGUCGUCACGCACUCGCCUACCUCGUCGUUGGUGCUAGGCCCCGCGCACCGCGGCGCCCGGGGCAGCGCCGGCGCCGGCAAGCUCAAGUCCGGCUCCAUCGGGAGCAUUGCCACAAUCAACGGCGUUGUGCUGCUAUGCAAAGUGUGCGGAGACGCCGCGUCCGGGUUCCACUACGGCGUACACGCCUGCGAGGGCUGCAAGGGCUUCUUCCGGCGCAGCAUCCAGCAAAACAUCAAGUACAAGCCGUGCCUCAAGAACGAGACCUGCCCCAUCGUGCGGGCAAAUCGCAACCGCUGCCAGCACUGCCGCUUCAAGAAGUGCCUGUCCGUCGGCAUGUCCAAAGACGCCGUGCGAUUCGGACGCAUCCCAAAGCGCGAGAAGCUGCGCCUGAUGGAAGAAGUCCAGAACGCCCUCAACUCCGCCUCCUCGUCCGUCAUGGUCAGCCAGGUGAUAGCUCGGCCAGCGGACGGCGGCCAGCAGCAGCAACAGCAGCAGCAGCAGCAGCUGCUGACGGUCGACAACAUGGAGUGGAGCAGCGUGGGGCAGGCGGAGGCGGAGGCCAGCAGGGCGCGCAAGCUGCCCGAGUCGAUGCAGGCGAGCCCGGACGGCGGGCGGCCCCGCAUCCAGCCCGGGAGCCCCCUCAAGAUUAAAGAGGAAGAAGCGGCUCAGAGGGUCGGCGCCGCACACUCCGACAUCUUCCAGCAGCGCCGCCCCGAGGUUCCUUUGGAGCAAUCGAACGGCGGCGGAGGCAUCGGCGGCGACCCCAAGCGGGUUCAGAACUUUGCUUCGGCCCCGGGCGGGAGCCUGCCGGCAGACGCCAUGCAAGGCCCCGCUUUCGCCGGGCUCUCGGACGGCGCGGCCACGCACGCCGUCUUGGGCGCGAGGCAGGAGGCCGAGAUGGCACGCGCCGCGUGGAGCGCGCGGGACAACAACAACGGCGGCCAGUGCUACGGCCUGCCGGACGGUGGCCGGGGAGAGAGGGCCGCCGCGCAAGCCGGCCUCUUCCGCCAGCGGUGCGACUCACCGGCGGGCGUCAACGUCAACCGCGCCGGCUUCGUCGACGGCGGGCACGAGAGGGCGCGCUACGCGAGCGUGUGCUCUGCGGGCGCCCACGGCGGCGCGUACUCGGGCGAGGACAACGCCGGGCGCUUCCACGCGGCGCAGCCUCGGGCGAUCUCCGGCCAGCACGGCCAGUACGGCCGGCACGACUACGGCUACGGCCAAGUCUCGGCCUGCCCCAUGGGCCAGGGGCACGUGCAGGCGCCGCAGAUGUCCGGCGGCAUGCGGCAUUGGCCCGAGGAGCGAGAGGAGACGACGUCGUCCUCGGGAGCGCAAAGCUGCCCCUGGAGUGGACCGCAGAGCAGAAAGCUGGCGUGCCCCCUGAACAGCGGCCCGUUUGGCCGUCCCAACGCCACCGGGGGAGAGGUGUGGGAGGACUUUUCUCGUUGCUUCACGCCGGCCGUCAAAGAGGUGGUGGAGUUCGCUCGGAGCAUCCCCGGCUUCCUGAGCCUCUCGCAGCAGGACCAGGUCGCCCUGCUCAAGGCCGGCACCUUCGAGGUGCUCGUGGUGCGCUUCUCCUCGCUGUUCGACGCGCGCGACAGGACCGUGCAGUUUGCGGGCGGGCGCGUCUAUCGCCUGGAGGAGCUGCGAGCCCUCGGCAUGGGCGAGCUCCUGCACGCCAUGUUCGACUUUGCCGAGAAGCUGGUCUCCCUGCGGCUCACCACCGAGGAGAUGGGCCUCUUCAGUGCAGUCGUGCUCGUCUCCGCCGAUCGCUCCGGCAUCGAGGAUGUGGGGAUGGUCGAGCGCCUACAGGAGGCCCUCAUCUCAGACCUGAGGGACCUGGUCUCCAGGAACCACCAGGACGGCGCGACGCUCUACACCAGGCUCCUCUUGCGGCUGCCCGACCUGCGCACACUCAACAACCUCCACUCGGAGAAGCUGCUCGCCUUCCGCAUAGACGCGUGAGAGCGAGCGCUUUCGACGGCGGGCCGGUGCGCAGAAAGAUUAACAGAGUGCGUGAAGGCGACUUUAUUUAUUGGACGUUUUCGCCGCUGUUCAGUCGUCAGUACGAUGAGCACUUUACUAAAACGAAACGACAACAACAAAAA